UUUAAAAAUAAGUACAACGGCAUGCAAUGAAUCAGAUCAUAAAGGAAACGUUCUUUCAAAAUAAGAAUACAGGACAGUUGAUGCACUGAGGAAAGAAGAGAUAAAUUGUCUGAGGAGUAGAAGAUAAAUCAAUGGAGAAUAUUAUCAAGCACUGAAUGAGAACAGAAAUUCAUUACAAAAGCCAGUGUCCAUGCGUGUUAUUCCUGUGAAAAAUAAUCAUUUUGAAUUACGUACCAAUGCCCACAUAUAAACCAGAAGACAUGUACUGGAUUGAUGGAUCACACAGAGAGAAAAGCUUGGAAAAUUUGUAUACAAUAGGUCAAGAACUUGGAAGGGGAGCAACCUCAGCUGUUUUUAGAUGGGAAGAAAAGGGAACAAAAAAGGCAUAUGCUGCUAAAAUAAUAAAAAAAAAUAUUGAUAAAAAGAUUAUAAGAACUGAAAUUGGAGUGUUACUGCGCCUUUCUCAUCCAAACAUUAUUAAACUGAAAGAUAUAUUUGAGUCACCUUUGGAAAUUACAUUAAUUCUUGAACUAGUGACAGGAGGUGAACUUUUUGACAGGAUUGUGGAAUGUGGAUAUUACAGUGAACAAAAUGCAGCCUGUGUUGUACGUCAGAUUCUGGAAGGUGUAGCUUAUCUUCAUGGGAAUGGAGUAGUUCACCGUGACUUAAAACCAGAAAAUCUUCUUUAUGCAGAUAUGGCACCGGAUUCCCUUCUAAAAAUUGCUGAUUUUGGCCUAUCUAAGAUUGUGGAUGGCCAGAUUGCUAUGAAGACCGUAUGCGGUACCCCAGGAUAUUGUGCUCCAGAAAUACUUCAUGGUUCACCGUAUGGUCCAGAAGUUGACAUGUGGUCUGUGGGAGUGAUUACCUACAUUUUAUUAUGUGGCUUUGAACCAUUCUUUGACCCAAGAGGGGAUCAGUAUAUGUACAGCAAGAUUCUAAAUUGUGAUUAUGAGUUCAUUUCUCCCUGGUGGGAUGACAUCUCUCUGAAUGCAAAGGACUUGGUUCAGAAGCUAAUAGUUUUGGAUCCCAAAAAAAGAUUGACAGCCUCUCAAGCUCUACAGCACCCAUGGGUGACUGGGAAAGCAGCAAAGUGUUCACACAUGGAUUGCACACAAAAGAAACUUUUAGAAUUCAAUGCCAGACGCAAGCUAAAGGCCGCCAUGAAAGCUGUAGUGGCCUCAAGCCGCUUGGGAAAUCACAGUCACCAAAGCAGCUCAGAUAACUUACAGGUGUCAGAAGGUACAAGAACAACAGAGAGAAUAGUGCAGGCGGCUACAAGUAGCUUUGUGCCUUCAGGAAGCAUUAAGGCAGAAGCUCCUUCAAACUCUGAACAAAAGGACCCCAAGAAAGGCCCAGAAGUGACUAGUUAAAUAAUGUUAUAUAUGCAUUACUAAGUUGCAUGACAUCUCUUCUAUGUAGACUAAAAUCCUAGUAGGUAAAAAGAUAUGUGUUAAAUAUAAUUUUAACAUAAUAAGGAAUAGUGUUUAUUUGUUCUCAUGAGGUGUGAGUAAACCAGGUAGAAGAUAUUGGGCACAAAAUUAAAAUGCAAUAUGGAUAUCAAUAUUCCAAUAUCUGUACCAAUAUAAAUAUUAUCUGAUCUAUCUGAUUAAGUAUAAAGGAAAUUUUCAAUAUCGAUACACAGAAACACUUCAAGCCAAAAUAAAAAAGGAUUAAACAGCAUCUUAACCGAGCUUAAUUAUGCCAAAUUGAAUUAAUUUGGUCUUCCCUUAUUUCCCCUUUUUAAUAGUUGUUUAAAGAUAUAUUAGCAAGUCUUUGGCAACAUAAAUGGAGAGGAGAGUAAGCUAAUAUCAACAUAUAAUUAAAUAUGCAUUUCAUUUAAAGCGUUCUAUUUACUAACUACAUGAACAGUCAAAUUUAGUUUAUAAAUUGUACACUCUGUACCAUUGUUUAUUAUGGAGCCGAUUUAUCAAAGGGCAAAUGCUUUAUAAAACCUCUGAAAUGUCAGAUUAAAUCAAUCCGGAUUUAUCGUAUUAGGGUGACUGAUAGGCCCUGCUCUUGUGCUAUUGGUUGUGGGCAGCAUAUUUUGCAGUCUGGCAUGGACAGGUUCACUACCUGUGAACCAGUAGGAGACCUGCUCAACAAAGGGCCCUGGUGCAAAACUUUUUAUGGGAACCCCCCAAAGGUAACACAGUAAUAAGCAAUUGUAAAAAUAUGCAUGCGUCUCUGUAUAAGGAUUUUGAAUAUAUAUCUGCUGCUCUGUAUAAAUAUGAGAAGUAUGUAUACUCUGAUGAAUAGGCUAUAUUGUAUAAUGACGGAAUAUCUAUGAUUACGGCACACAAGCCGAAACGCGUAAGUUCAGAGCCUUACACACGGUUAUGUACUGUUUUUUAGAUGAAUGAAUAAACAUAUUUUUUAUCCAGA